CUCUUUUCUUUUCCCUUUUUAUGGAGAGCACACGGCUACACCAGUGUUCAAGAAUUCAAUGGCCGCACUCCUAGAUUCCAACAAUUAUCCAGUAAUUAAGAUACCAAUUACAGGUAGAUUUAACAUAAUUUAGUACCUAUGCUCCCACUAAUUCGAAGAACUUUAAUAUCCUCUCUAGCCUUUUCAUCAACCCUAUUGUCAUCUCGAAUUGUCAAUUCUCUCUCAAGAUUCACCUUCAUGAAUUCUUCUGUGCCCAACAAUUUUGGGGCUUCACAAAAGCUCAUGGCUUUAGCCCAACAUCUGCGCCAAUACAGGCCACCUCCAUCACCAUUUGAUGAUGAUGAUGAUGAUGAGGAACAAAAACUGGAGGAGAGUGCUGGGAAAUUGGUUUCCCAGUUGGGUUUUGCUGAAUCUGUGACCUCAGUUGCUCAACAGCCUCCUGAGAGGUUCAGACCUAAGAGAGCUGCAGUUCUCAUCUGUCUUUUUGAAGGGGAUUCUGGAGAGUUGAGAGUUAUUCUCACUAAGAGAUCGUCGAAACUUUCCACUCAUUCUGGUGAAGUCUCAUUGCCUGGAGGUAAGGCAGAGGAGACAGACGCCAAUGAUGCUGAGACAGCAACAAGGGAAGCAAAGGAAGAAAUCGGGCUGAAUCCUUCACUUGUAAAUGUUGUCACUUGCCUUGAACCGUUUUUGUCAAAGCAUCUCCUUAGAGUAAUUCCUGUUAUUGGCAUACUGUCCAACAAGAAGGACUUCAAGCCCUGUCCAAAUGCUGCUGAGGUUGAAGAUGUGUUUGACGCUCCCUUGGAAAUGUUUCUCAAGGAUGAAAAUCGAAGAUCAGAAGAAAGAGAGUGGAUGGGCGACAAGUAUUUGAUCCAUUUUUUUGACUAUGAAAUGAGUGAUAAAAAGUACCUGAUAUGGGGUUUAACUGCCGGAGUUUUGAUUAGGGCAGCAUCAAUUGUGUAUCAGAAGCCACCUGCUUUCCUGGAGCAAAAUCCCAAAUUCAAAGUUCCUAGGUUCCAGGGACUGCAUAAUUUUCACUCCAAGGUUUGAGCGAGUUGCUGGUAGAAGUUAUUUGAGCUGCUAAAGGAAAUGUGUUUGAGUGACAGUUUUAAGGGAAUGAACGGUCUCAAUAAAGAAUGAAAGAGUUGGCUGCUUUAAUUUCUUGAAGCCGAGUAGCUGUAGAAUUGAAUCUUGCUGACCUUGAGGCAGAAUAUGCAUUUGUUCUAGAUGUAUUUUCUAUUGUAUUCUUCUGAUUGAUGUCAAAAUUGUAUUCUGAAAAAUUUGGAAUAUAGAAAUUUUAAUGUUUGAGAAGCCAGUUUAGAUUAUGCAUUAUUCUUUAAUAA